AUGGAUCCAUCCAUAGUUAGACAGGUUCUGUUUGUUCACAUCACGACUCUCACUGCGACGUUCCCCCGUACGUCAGGUAUCUCGCUCGUUCAGGAUAGAGGGCGCUUGGAGCUGCAGGUCGAGGCGUUGACGACGGAGCGUGACGCGCUCGGCGACCGGGUCAGGCGAGGCGAGGACGAGGUCAAGGUCAAAUCCAAGAUCAUCGACGACCUCUCUGACUCCGUGCGUCGUCUGCGAGCCGUGGCAGCAGAGAAGGAGGAUGCAGUGAAGGCCUGUCAGGAACAACUGCUGGAGGAACAACGGGAACAUGCCGAGCUUCUGAACAACGAGAGAACCGCGAACGCUCAGCUGCAGGAGCAACGUGAGCGACUCUGCGAUCGCAAGGAGCAGCUGAAGCAGCGGGCGGCCGACCUACAGAUGGAGCUAGACGAUGCUAGACACUCGCUCGGGCUCGUGAAGAGUCAGUGGGAGAGGAAGGCUGAGUUUAUCGGCUCGCUGGAGGGACAGGUGAGGGACAUGAAGGAAGCCUGGCAGAGGAAGGAGGAGACGCUCACGCAGGAACGCGACCGCGCCGCCGACGCCGCGCGCAUUGCCACUGAGAAGCUGAGAAAAGCUGAUGAGUUGUUUCAAGAGGAGUCCCUUGCCACCAGGCAGCAGCACCAGUUGCAAAUGGCGACGCAGUCAGUCGAGCUGAGGAAAGAACUGGGCAGAGCGCAGGAUAGGGUAGCAGAGGUGGAAGAGGAAAUGAGAGAGCUUCUGAAGGAAACAACUGCAAGCAAGAAGUUACUAGAAGAUAAAGUCAAGCACUGA